GUUCAGUCCAGUACUCUUCGUGCGUAUAGCUUAGGAGGGCAUUACCAUGGGUUCAGGCUGCUCAACGGCGGUCGCCACGACCUGUAAAUCAGCUCCACUCGAGCCCAAUCCAGAUGGGCAGCUCAAGCCAGCGCAGAACAUUAUCCAGCGGCUACGGGACAAGAAGCGGCUUCUGGUUGCUGUGCAGAACAACGACCAAUUGAAGGUGAAGGAGUUGGUUCACCGUAUGCCAUUGGAGCAAAUCAACUACGUUCCAACGGAGAAGGGGUUCCUUGACUGCUCCAAGAAUCCAGGCCGCCGCUGCGACUGCGCCCUGUUGAUUGCUGCCAAGCGCCACCAUGCCGGAAUCGUGUCGACUCUCCUUGAGUAUGGAGCUCUACCAGACCUCACCAAUGAAGCAGGAGAGUCGGCACUGGUGGUGGCGUGUGAUGGCAAUGAUGUGGCCAUUGCCACGGACCUGCUCGCACACAACGCCAACCCGAACAUCCCCUCUCCGGAUGGCUCCUUCCCGCUGCACAUUGCAUCGAGCAACUUGUGUUCGGAAAUAGCAAAGGCGCUGGUCGAGCACGGCGCGGACGUCAAUCUCCGCGAGUCGGGCACGAUGAACACGCCCUUGCACAUCACCGUCCUCGUGCCGGGCGCAGAAACGGAAGCGCACAUGCAUGCUGCUGUGGAGAUCGCUACCAUCAUCAUCGACAGCGAGAGGGUGGAUUUCACAGUCCGUGACGCUAGGCAAGACACGGCCCUGCUGAAAGCGACGAAGAAGGCAAAUACAGAGCUGCUGGCGGCUUUCGUGGAUGCCGGCGCGUCAACCAACCUGCUCGAUGCGACGGGCCAAGCGGCACUGCACCUCGCCAUCGCCAUGGGCGACAAGCCGGGCACCACCAUGGCUCUGCGAUUGGCUCGUGCCGAGCAGACGGACGUCAACCUGCUCUCCAAGCUGGGCCUGUCGCCCCUGCUCAUGGCGGUGCGGGGUGUGCUGGGCGAGGUGGUGGGGGCACUGCUGGCCCGAGGCGCCGACCCAAACGUCCUGUCGCACCCAGGCAAGGAGGCACCGCUACACACCGCGCUGCUGCAGGUCCCCAAGGAGCUUGCUGCGCGGCUGCAGCAGAAGCGCCAGGCGGCGGCGCAGGCGGACGAGCCCACACCGUCCGAGGCCAUCGCUGUGGCCAUUCUGUCCAGCGGCCGAGCUGACGUCAACCUGCAGGACGGAGCGGCCCGGCGGCCAGUGUUCCUGGCGGUCACGUGCUGCUGCACGCUCGUGCUAUCGAAGCUGAUCGAGGCGAAGGCCGACCUGACCGUCCGAGACGGCGACGGCCACACGCCGGCGCUUAAGGCAGUUCUGCUGGCGGUGCAGGCACCGGGCGAGAAGGACAAGGCGGCGGAUGGGCUGGCGGCCGCGGAAAGGCGCGCGGGCAUGGUGAUCAAGGCCGCGCCCAACAUCAGUGCCACGGGCGGUCCGCUGCAUAACAGCGCCCUCCAUUGCGUGGUCUCGGUCGGCACGGGCAGUGCCGUAUUGUUUGCGCAGCUUCUGGAGCAGAAGGCGGACAUCAACGUCCUCAACAAGGAAGGGGAUUCGCCGCUGCACGCUGCCAUCUGCAGCAUCGGCAGCACUGUACGCCACGCACAGGACGCGGCGGUGAAGAUGAUCAAGAGUGGCCGCGCGCAGACCGACCUGCGCAACGCGUCGCAGGACACGGCGCUGACGCUGGCGGCGGCGCGGCACGCCGCGGCGGUGAUGGGCGAGCUGCUGGGUGCGGGCGCAGACGUGAAUGCCGCAAACAACGCCGGCGACACAGCCGCGCACUUGGCGUGCCGGUCCAUCGGCGGCGGUGACGCCGGCGGCGGCGGGGCAAAGGCGCGGUCGUGGGGCCCGGACGCGGCUCAGGCUCUGCUGCGCUCCAGCGCUCUCAAGCUAGACCUAGCGAAUGGCGAGGGCCAGACAGCGCUGGCGGUGCUGGCGGCGAGCGCGCGCUGGUUCGAGGGGGCUGUGGGCGUGGCGGGAGCUAUGGUUGCGCAAAGCACCUGCACGCUCAACAACCUCGAUAAGCGGGGCCUUUCGGCGCUGCAUUACUGCCUGGGCGCUGGCCCUGCGUGCGGUGGUCUCAGUGGUCUGGGCCACGGCCCAGCGAUGGCCCUGGCGCUGGUCUCCUCCGCCAAGUGUGACGUGGACCUCCUGAGCCGCGACAAUGCCGCGGAGGCCGCCCUCCACCGCGUGAGCCAGCUGGGCCUUCCGGAUGUGUGUGCGGCGCUGCUGGCGCGCGGCGCCAACCCCAAUGCGGCCAACGGCAGCGGCAUGCGGCCGCUACACCUCGCCAUUGACGGCCGCAGCGAGGCGCACAGCGCGGUUGCGGAGCAGCUCAUCAGCAGCGACGACUGUGAUGUGAACAUCGUCAUGCCGGCAUCUGGUCAGACGCCAUUGCUGAUGGCUGUGGUCAAGUGCAAGGCGGGCCUGGCGGAGCGCCUGGUGCAGCGGGGAGCCGAUCCCAACAUUGCCGACAAGCAGGGGGAUGUGCCGCUGCACGCCGCGCUCCGCAACACAGGCCAGGACAUCAGCAACGAGUGCACGGCGCUGAUCAUCAUCAACUGCGGCCGGGCGGACCUGGACGCCAAGUCCCCCGCGGGGGACACCCCCCUUCACGCGGCCGUGGCCAACUGCGCCACGGCCAGCCUGAAGGCGCUGGUGGGGCACGGCGCAACGCUGGAUGUGGCGGACGCUGGUGGCUGCACGCCGCUGCACCGGGCGGGCUACGCGGCGUGCAGGGCGCGCGACGCGUGCGAUGAGGAGCGGGCGGUUAUCUUGGUGACAGGCGGCGCCAACUGCGACGUCACCGAUCCCCAGGGCUGCACUGCCAUGCACAUCUGCCUGGAGCGCGACGUGGGCAGCCACGCGCUCUUCCAGGCGUUGAUGGACGCCAAGGCCGACCUCAACCUGCCUAACAAGGCGAAGCGCACGCCGCUGCAUAUCGCUACGUUGCGCCUCGGCGAGUUGCAAGACGCCGAGGCGAUGUGCUUGGCCAUCAUCGGCUGCGGCCGAGCCAACCUGGACUUGCAGACGGCCGACGGCUCCACAACGCUCAUGAUCGCUGCCGCCCUGGCUCAUCUCACCGUGGUGAAGGCCCUCCUGCACGCUUGCGCCAACCCCAACCUGCGCAACGCGUCGCAGGACACGGCGCUGACGCUGGCGGCGGCGCGGCACGCCGCGGCGGUGAUGGGCGAGCUGCUGGGUGCGGGCGCAGACGUGAAUGCCGCAAACAACGCCGGCGACACAGCCGCGCACUUGGCGUGCCGGUCCAUCGGCGGCGGUGACGCCGGCGGCGGCGGGGCAAAGGCGCGGUCGUGGGGCCCGGACGCGGCUCAGGCUCUGCUGCGCUCCAGCGCUCUCAAGCUAGACCUAGCGAAUGGCGAGGGCCAGACAGCGCUGGCGGUGCUGGCGGCGAGCGCGCGCUGGUUCGAGGGGGCUGUGGGCGUGGCGGGAGCUAUGGUUGCGCAAAGCACCUGCACGCUCAACAACCUCGAUAAGCGGGGCCUUUCGGCGCUGCAUUACUGCCUGGGCGCUGGCCCUGCGUGCGGUGGUCUCAGUGGUCUGGGCCACGGCCCAGCGAUGGCCCUGGCGCUGGUCUCCUCCGCCAAGUGUGACGUGGACCUCCUGAGCCGCGACAAUGCCGCGGAGGCCGCCCUCCACCGCGUGAGCCAGCUGGGCCUUCCGGACGUGUGUGCGGCGCUGCUGGCGCGCGGCGCCAACCCCAACGCGGCCAACGGCAGCGGCAUGCGGCCGCUACACCUCGCCAUCCAGGGAGGCGGCGCCGAUGCGAAGCGGACGCGUGUCGCAGAGCAGCUAAUUGAGAACGCCAAGACGGAUCCGGACCUGGCGACGCCGGCUGGCCAGACGCCGUUGCUGAUGGUUGUGCUGCAGCUGCGAGAGGCGCUGGUUGCGGCGAUCAUCAAGCGCGGCGCCGACCCAAACAUUGCGGACGAGCGCGGAGACACGCCGCUGCACGCCGCGCUCCGGCUGCUGGGUAACACAGCUGCUGACUCAGAGAAAGGUGUGCCGCUGCGGCUGGCUUUGGCGCUGGUGGCAUAUGCCCGCACGGACGUGAACGCAAGGAGCCCGGAGGGGGCCGUGCCUGUACACGUCGCGGUGACGCUGGCGAGCCUGCCGCUGGUGCAGGCGCUGGUGGCGCGGCGCGCCAACCUCGACGCCUUCGGCGACGGCGGCUCGGCACCGCUGCACAGAGCCAUCCUUCUGGACGGCCAGAGCGGGGACCAGCAGGCAUACGCGGCCAUUGCGUUGACGCUGAUCGAGGGCGGCGCGGACCCUUCCCUGGCGGACCGCGGGGAUGCCAGCACGCCGUUGCACCUGGUGGCGGGCACGGGCAACGCGGCCAUCUAUAGGGCGCUGGCGGGCCGCGGCGCCAACACCAACGCUUUCGACAAGGCGGGCAGGACGGCGCUGCACGUUGCCAUCAAGUCCGCCAAGAAGAGCGGCCGCAGUGAGUUCGACGUCAUCGCGUGCGGCAUUGUCGAGACGCCCGCCACAGAUGUCAACCUGGCCACACGCCCCGCCAACAAGACGCCGCUGCUGUUGGCGGUUCGCGGUCUGCGGCCGGCGGUGCUCACAGCCCUCAUCAAGCGCCGGGCGCACGCCAACACGGCCAGCCAGAAGGGCCAGCUGCCCCUCAUCUUGGCGCUGGAGAUGACAGAGGCCGGCGGCUCCACGGCCGGCGUAAGCCACGCCAUGGCCAAAGACCUGAUUGACAGCGGCCUGCCCGACGUCGACACCGUGCGCGCCAGCGACCGCUCCUCGCCCGCGCACUUUGCGGUGCGCCUGGCGGCUGCUGACCUGCUGGCGUCGCUCAUCAGCCGACAGGCCGACCUCGGGCAGCAGGACGCCCGCGGCUGCUCCGUGAUGCACGUGGCCGCCAACAUGGCCUGCUGCGGCCCAGACGGGGGCGCGGGCCUGCAGCUCAUGAGGCAGCUGCUGUCAGCCAAGGCGCCGGCCUCGCUCCAGGACGUCAACGGCUGCACGCCGCUACACCGGGCGGUGUGUCACCGCGGUGGGAGCCUGGAGGCAGUGCAGGCGCUGGUGGGGCAGCGGCAGGUGGCCAUCGCCGCAGACGCUCGGGACGCCAAAGGCAGCACGGCGCUGGCUCUGUCCAUCCAGACCUGCGGCACGGACGAGCAGAGCGCUGCGAUGAGAGGCAAGGACAUGGCGCUCGCCAUCAUCGGAAGCGGCCUCGCCAACCUCAACAUCCCGGAUGCCGACGGCGACACCCCGCUGCUGCUGGCGGUCAUGUGCUGCAGGGACGCCGGAGUGCUGACCGCGCUGCUGGCCGGCGGCGCCAACGCCGCCACCCGCAACACGGCGCAGCAGGCGCCGCUGCUGCUGGCCUUGGAGCUGCGGGGUUCAGUCAAGCGGCCUGCACGCCAGUCAGCGUGGGAGGGCAUGGCGCUGGAGCUGGCUGCCAGCAGCUCCCUGGAGCUGAACGCGCAGCACGCGGCCAGUGGCGACACGGCCCUACACCUUGCGGUGGCGCAGCAGCUCGCGCGGCUGGUGAACCUGCUACUCCAAAGGGGGGCUGAUGUCAACAUAAAGAACAACGCCGGUUACACAGUCGCCCACAAAGCCAUCAUGUUCGCCGCCGCUGGCGGCGAUGAGGCGUGCUCGCUUGGAUUGGCUGUGAUCAAGGGCGGGGCGGAUGUGGACAUCCACGACCCUGACGGCUGGACCUGCCUACACCUAGUGGUGGGGCUCGAGGGCUCCAGCCGCAUGCUGCUGUCGCUGUUUGAGGCGGUGAUGCAGCGCUCGCGGCAACUGGACGCGGUCACGGCCAACGGCAACGCAGCGCUGCAUAUGGCCACACUUAAGGCCGCCGAAAACACGCCCGGCGGCGACGCCGGUUGCGCGCACGUCACCAUGUGCCAGGCGCUCCUUGCAGGCGGCGCCAACGCGAACCUGGCCGCUGCCGGCUACCUCAACCGCACGCCUCUGCACCUGGCUGUGGCGCACGGCAGCCCCGCCGUCUUCCACCUGCUGCUGGCCCACAGCCCCACCAACCUGGACGCGGUGGACGGCGGCGGCAGCACACCACUGCACCUGGCACUGGACCUGGCAGCAGGCGCGGACGGCGGCGGCGGCUCGGCGCAGGCGCAGGCACGGGACAUGGCGCUCGCGCUCAUCCAGAGCGGCAGGGCGAACCUGCAUUUGGCGGACGCGCGGCAGCAGUCGCCGCUGGCCAAAGCCGUCGCGCACGGCUUGCACGAGGUCGUGGCGGCGCUGCUGGCCGCGGGUGCGCCCUGCAACCGCGUGGACCCGUGCAGUGGCGCGCCGCCGCUGCUGCAGGCCACAGCCGCCGCCGUGGACGCCAUGCUCAGCGGCGGCGGCGGCGGGCGCGAUCCGGGCGCCGUCAAGGGGGCGGUGUGCGACCGCGUCGCGACGCUGGAGCUGUUGAUCGCGCACAGCGGCGUGGACGUGGACGUGGCGGACGGGGUCGGCGACACGGCGCUUCACAGGCUGGUGGCGGCAGGCGCCGCGGCGCUCGCCGCAAGGCUGCUGGAGCGCCGCCCCAACCUGAACCUGCAGAACGCGGGGGGGGACACGCCGCUGCACUUGGCUAUGAAGAGCGCGGGCUCCGACGCCGCCCGGCGCCGCCUGGUGCUGAGCAUGCUGCGGCAGGGCAGCGCGCGGCUGACGCUGCAGGACAGGGCGGGCAACACAGCCAUGCACCUCGCAUUCGACCUGGCCGGCGACCAGGAGAUCUUCGAUGCAUGCGCGGCGCAGAGCCCGGACUUGGACAUCCGAAACGCCCAAGGCAUGGCUCCGCUGCAUCUGGCGGUGUGCACCGGCAGCGCCCGGCAGAGCGAGCGACAGCUGGGCGUGCUCCUGCAGUCGCCCGGCAAGCCCGACGUGGACCUCCGCAAUGGCGCCAGUGACACGCCGCUGCUACUGGCCAUUCGGAAGCGCGGGAGCUCGGCUGAGCCGCUGGCCAAGCUGCUGCUGGGCAAGAGCGCCAGUGUCAACGCUGCCGAUGCGAGCGGCUACACAGCGCUCACGCUGGCUCUCCAGCAGGAGGCGGUGCCUGACUCCCUCGUGUUGCUUCUCAUAGGUGCACGAGGGGCCAACCUGGAUGCUAAAGAGCCGAAGCUCGGGGACAGCGCGGCUGCUAUGGCGCUACGUGCUGGCAAGGCGGAGCUGGUUGGCGCGCUGCUGCGUGCUGGGGCCAAGACGGGGGUCAAGAACAAAGAGGGCGAAGCUCUGAUCCACCUUGCGCUCGCCAGCAGACUUUCAGACGCCAACCGCACCAGGUACGUCAAGAUGCUGGUUGAACACAACGCGGACCUCAACGCAGCAGACGGCGCCGGCCGGGUGCCACUCAUGCUCCUGCUCCGUCCCACUACCGACAUAAAUGCGCAGGUUGAGCUGGCAAUGAUCCUGCUGGACGGCGGAGCGCGGCCCGUGAAUGACCUGGAUCCGACGUCGGGCUUGGGUUGGAUCCACGCCGGCUGCUACAACGUCAAGUUCAUUACGAAAUGGAAGACUUGCAAAGGGAGUCUGGACACCGUUGCGGACGCAAACACGAUUUUCGCGUCCCGCAGCCGCCUCUUCAGCGCGUGGAGCUCGCCAAAGGGUCGUGUGGCCGACGCAAUCUUCCAACAGGCAAACAGCAGAGUCACCGCCAUCACGCUGGCAGCGCUGGGCGGUUGGAAGCCUGCCGUCAGCUCAUUCUUGGACUUUGGCGUCUCGCCGAAUGUGGGUGCCCUCUGCGGAGCCAAGGCGGUGACGCCCUUCCUGGUGGCACUGCUGCAAGGCGACACCACCAUGGCCGAGCUGCUCAGGGAUGGGGGUGCCCUGGUGGAUGGCGAGGACAAUGGCAUCAACCCCAUGUGUAUGGCCAUCCAGGUGUCCAAGGGCCUCUUGGGCGCCGGCUGCCAAGGAUACGAUGUCGAAAGCGUCCCGCCGGUCGUGGCCAACAAGUUCGUCAACUUCACGAAGGCCUUGGCGAAGGACUUGCUGAAGGAUGCGGUGCAGGAGCCCGUCAGCGACGUCGCCACUGAUGCGGCCACGGAGGUCGCCCAGGAGGUGUUCGGCGAGGUGGCCCAAGAGGUCAUGCUGGGCGCCCUGGAUGUCAUCAUGCCCGGGUUCACACUUGUGCGCUGGGGCUUCAAACUCGCCAGGGCGCUGCUCGACGACUCGCAUGACGAAUCGCUGCGGCUGUCGGCACGGGACUGCAUGUCCGUGGUGCAGUGGCUGGUGGGGGAGGGCGCCGGCGUCACACUGAACGACCCCGGAAUGGCUGAGAUGAUUGAGAUGAUCGUGUCCGACGAGGACGGCGCCGGUUGGUCGUGGGCUGGCCUGCAGCUGGUGUGGCCGACCAGCUUCCAGCCCAUGCUGGACCAGGGCCUGGACAGGAUCCAAGAGAGCUUCGAGCAGAAGGCGCGACAGGCGGAGGCGCAGGGCCGCGGCACGUACGACCUUGAAGAGGAAUGCAAUGAGGCCAAGGCGAAAUUCGAGAAGUCCCUCAAGGUAGCGGUCACGUUGGAUGCCAUCAAGAAGAAGGGCAAGGGCCGCCGCUGACAGAACCAUUGGAGGUUUCAAUGGGCAUGCAGGGCCGAGGGUCGGGACUCCAGUCGAUCCCGCUACCCUAGAAACGCUUGCGUAUGUGCACACAUGCGCUACGUAUGAGCAGAGUAGGUUGAGAGUGAGAGCAGAGCAUAAAGAGCAGGGUGUGAGCCUGCGGGAAUGAGAUAGGUGCGAGAGCUGAUGGUAUGACCAAGGUGCGAAUCUACGAAAGGUGGCCGCGGCAGGCCCUUCCACUCCACUCGCAAGUCAACUGGUGGGGGUGGUUGCAGGUGUGAUGUGCAGCACUGCACCAUUUCGGGUGGUUAUGCGGGAUGACAACAAUGCGUAUCUCUAGACCGGACCGAAGUAGAGUGCGCAAGUGCGGCUAGAGUAAAAUGGUGCUUGACUGCAUGAGGAAGUCACUGGUCAGGAGUGCAGGACAGGUAGGCUGGCGGCGACUCUAGUGCUGGCGCCUGGACGCCUUAGUGAAGCUUCAAUUUGAUUGUUCGUGGGUAUGGCUGCUGCGGCCAUAUCCCGCGCAGUCCCCUCUCCGUCUCAGCAGCAUGGCAAAACGCUACAACUGGCGAAUGCGACAUUACAAGAUGGGUCAACCCCGAUGUCCGUGAAGGGACCAUCUUUGAUUCUGCGGCCCCACGAGGGAAACCGCCCGGUCCACGCUUGUACGGCUGUCCGCGGACCUCCUGAAUGCAACGCGCGUGAAUGCCAUCGCUUCACUGUCAGAUACCGUAGAGGCAUUGCGGUCCUUGCGACCCAAAGGGCCUUUCAGAAAGACAACCAGCGCCGACGUCUCCCCGUAAUACCCUGCCAAUCACUUCACAGCCACAUAACAUAGUAACUCCGAGCUCGUGUAACCUCGUUGGCCUACUGCCCAAACAGCAAGACCCCCCACGCCGGUCU